AAAAUAUAUGUAAUAAAGGGAACGCCGUCGACCUGUCGUCCGCUAGCCGCACUCGUCAGUGGUUAACGACGCACCCGUCGCCGCCGCUUCAUCUCGUACUCGUCCUCCUAAUGAUUUCUGUGUCUAUUUAUAACCGCCGAUCGUUGUUAACACCGGUAUCUCUCUAAUUUUCUCGUCGCCCAGUCUCUUUUGCCGACCGCCAGCACCCAUCGGUUCGCGUACCCCGACACUUAGAUCGUCCUACACACACCUGCAACAGACACGCUGUGAUCCGGUUCCGCCGUUCUAUUAAAAGGCUACGAGUACACGCUCCUAAUCAAAUCAUGUCUUCGGUCUGUAUGUUUUACAUGAGGGGAUCUUGCCGUUUUGGCAAUCGUUGCUGGAACUCCCAUGAUUUGCAAUCCGUUCGUUCUGACAGCCCAUUAUUUCAACUCCCAAUAUCUUUCUUUUUAGAUGAAACUACAGAUGAUGAAGAUAUAAUACUCCCUACGGAAUUAAGAAGAAUGGAAUCCACUUCAGCUCAAACUGCUGCGCCUACCAAUGCAUUAUUUAGAACAAGACCAACACGUUCUUCGCAAGAUCCUGUAGAGAAAUCACAAAAAAAUCAAGUUGAAUCUCAAAAUGUGUAUAGUUUAACAAAUAAAAAUUCUGGAGACACAAGAGAAGGUACUCCUGAUACUAUGUUAGUAGAAGCUGUAAAAAAAUUAAACGAAGCUGAAAACUUAGUAAAUUCACUACGUCAACAGUUGCGUAGUAUAAAUGAUGGAGCAAAUUUUUCUUGGAUUGAACAUCAAAUGGAACAAUGUAUUGAAAAUGAUUUACAAUGCAAUAUUUGCUAUGAAAUGUAUAUUAAGCCAACUGUACUUAAUUGCUCUCAUACGUUUUGCCAUGAAUGUAUAGAAUCAUGGACUAGAAGAGUUAAUCAAUGUCCAAUAUGUCGAGUAUAUGUGAGGAAUAAGUCUUAUUGUCUACCUUUAGAUACCUUUUUAGACAAAAUAACUGAAUGUUUACCAGAAGAUAUUAAAUCAAGGCGUGAAUCAUUGAAAAUAGAACGUAACAAUAAUAGAACUGUUGAGACUAAUAGAAACCGACGAAAUAACACAGGAAGACGAAAUCGACGAAAUCAAUCAAUGCGCCGAACAUUAGGAGUGUUAUGGGGUGAACGUGAUCGUGAGGGUGCUGAUUGGAAUAUUGCCUUAGAAGAAACUUUGUUUGAUCCAAUACGCUUGGGUGAUGUACUCGGUAGAAAUAGAAAUGAUAGAGAUAUUGAUAAUGAUUGGGACGACAAUUUUUCUGAUGGCAGCUUUGACAGUAAUUACGAGUAUGGUUUUUGCUCUUAUUGUGACAAUGUGGGACAUGUAGCGUCCGAAUGCCCUAUAUCCAAUAUGGAGGAAAGUUAUGAACAUGAAUUGUGGUAGAACUUAAUGAAUUUUGCUACCAUUCCAUUUUUGUUAUCAUUCAAAUACAUUUUUCUUAAGUUUUGGAAAUAUCUAUAUAUUUAUAUAU